AUGCUGAUUCACCCACUCCGAAUCAAAACCACACGUUUUGAAAUAUGCUUUAAAACCGACAUUCAAGGUGCUGCCAUGUCUUACACGGAAUUCAUCACCGAAAACUGGCAGGAAAUAAUUCGCAUAUUCUUUGAACUGACCAUAGUCGCGCUUUUCAUCAAAUUCAAACUGUUCCAGCGCAGAUCCAAGACACUCGUUCUUUCUGACCAGGAGGUGCAACGGCUCGUGGACUCAUUUGCGCCGUUGCCGCUCAUAAACACUGAUACUGAUCACAAGGCUAAAUACGACUUCGGCACGAUGACAGAAAUGGCCGACUACGAUGUUUUUCACAUACGCGACCGCUUCAAGGACGAGAUCAAACAAACAAUACGCCACUACGGAGUGGGCACCUGCGGACCGCCAGGUUUUUACGGCACGCUCGAUUUGCAUUUAGAGUUGGAAAAGAAGCUGGCCGAUAUUGUGGGCUUGCCGUCCUCAAUUCUUUACUGCAACAACUUUACGUGCGUGAACUCGGUGAUCACGUGCUUUUGCAGGCGUGGCGACAUCAUUUUUUACCAUCGCCACAGCAACGAGGCGAUUCUACGUGGCCUGUACGCCACCAAGGCAACAACGAUCGAGUUUGAGAUGUGCACACUCGAGGAGAAGCUGAGCAAGUAUGUCAACAAGAAAUACAGGAAUUUUGUGAUUGUUGAGGGGCUGUUCCGCAACACCGGAGAGAUCCUUGAUCUGCCGAAGAUCCUUGAGCUGAAGCGGAGGUAUCCCCUGCGCCUGAUUGUCGAUGAGUCGCUUUCAAUACCUUUGUUGGACAGGCACGGGAUAUCAAAGUUUUAUGGCACGGAUGUCAACGAAAUUGAUGUCGUUAUUGGAUCGUUGGCACAUGCGUUUUGCUCCAAUGGUGCUUUUGUCGCUGGAAACAUGCAUAUAGUGGAUUACCAGCGGCUGCUAGCACCGGCCUACUGUUUCUCUGCGAGUUUGCCGGGAUUUCUUACCAAAUUUGUGUUGCUCGCGCUUGAUCUGCCGUUUCACCGGUUCGAUGCGCGGUGUAUACACGAACAAUUCAGAAGUGAGCGGUACACGAUCGUAAGUGACGAGAGAUCGCCCAUCAUAGUGGUAAGAAUGAACGAAACAGGUAAAAAUGCGCUAAGGAACGCGAUAGACGGGUCUCAGAUUGGCAUAGAUGGAUAUGGAUUUGCUAAAGCAUGCAGGAUGGGGGACAACAGCACAGAUGGGGAGCAGAGCCAUGGCGAGGACGGUACGAUAGAAAGGGGUGAUGCAGGCAAAAGCAACAAGGAGAGACAGGACUUGGACCAGAGACUCGCCGGAAACGGACACAGCGAUGCGAAUGAUGGGCAAAAUGUUCUGAACAUGAUGAACACCGGCAGACUUGCAGAUAAAAGGGGAGAAACAGACGAGUUCAUCAUCGUGCUCGACAACAACGACGAGCAGAGCAGCACAAGUGCGGAGCAGCACGGUUCGUCCAGCGAUCACAGUCCUGCGGCCGUUGAUGAGGCAUGCGAUGAAGGCAAAAUCGAUGCGAAUACGCACGUAUCAACGGGUAAAGACGAUGAAGGCGCACGUCCUGCGGCCGUUGAUGAGGCAUGCGAUGAAGGCAAAAUCGAUGCGAAUACGCACGUAUCAACGGGUAAAGACGAUGAAGGCGCACAUGGCAGCGUGCAGAAGACAAGGCACCCCGCUGCCAAACGCACCCUAACAACGGAACAAAUCAACACGCUUAGCAGUCUCAAACACAGCGCCAAACUAUCGCAAAUUCUCAAAGAAUUCGACCUGAGCAGCACCGAUCUGGACAAAAUACCGACCAAGACAGCAAGGGUAACGUACAGUACGGAAGACCGCUUUAGAAUAGCGAUGCUGCUCACGAUAGAAAAGAAGGUGAAGGAGUUUGCGAGGAACAAGAUAAGAGUUGGUCUUGUGCUCAACCCUGAGGCAGGCAUUCGAAUGUGUGUGAAGAGCGAGCUGGGUGAAAAGGAGAUGGAAAGGAUUGUGAAGUGCAUGAACGCCAUCCUCAAAUGA